AACAUGUAUUAUACUAUAUAUUAUUGUAUAAUAACUAUAACAAGUGUUGUUGUCCUCUCCUCAUCUACCAUUCUAUAAAUAGCAACCCCACUAGAUCACUAAUCUCCUUGUAUAGUUGAUGAACUUUGCAUACAACUAUGAAGACCCUCUCACCUUUCAUCCUCUUCGCCUUCCUCGUUUCGACUGGGUUUUUUGCGGCUGAAGCAAGAAGAGAUCCAGGAGAGUAUUGGGACGCGAUGAUGAACGGUGAUCCCAUGCCGAAAGCAAUCACGGACCUUCUGCUCAUAAAUCAAGACCCAUCAUCGUCAUCGUCGUCUCCGAAUGAUAGAUUUAUCAGAGAUUUCGAUACCAAACCUAAUCUUAUUAUAUAUCACAGCCAUGUUGAUGUUUAUCCCAAGAAACACGAGGUUGUUGCCAAGGAUGUUCAGCAGAAGAAAACGUAGAUAAUAGACAUAUCAUUUUUUAGCUCUCAUGCAUGUAUGCUAUUGUCAACUACAAUUAUUAUUAUUUUGACGAGGAAAUCAACUAGUCGAUAGUAUAUACAGAGUAAAUUAUAUUCUUGUACAAUAACUUGUAAACCACAAGAGAAGUAAGAAAGUUUAGAAUUAUAUCCAUAUUAUUAUAUUAGUUUAGAAUUUUUAUUCCUGGUUUAAAAUAAUUGUGGUCUGUAAGUCACUGUAAGACUGUAACUAAGUAAUUAUUUAUGUGAUAAUUAAGCUAUUUUAUGACCAAGCAAA